AUGGUUCAGCUACUGGGCAUCGCAGCCAUUACGUUGGCCCUUAUCGGUAUCGUGGGCGCUAUCAUUCAGAACCGACUGCUGCUUCUACUCUACUCUGUCGUUAUGGUUAUUGCCAUGUCGGCGUUUGGCGUGCUGGCUGGGACGGCGUUUACGUUCAAGACGAAAAUGGACGACUGGGAGGAAGCCACGUCCCCUGCUGAAGAUCAGGAGACCAAGCUGGUGGAGACGUUCAACGAGGUGUACUGCUACGCCGAACGAUAUUAUUUCUGCAACAACGCUACGGCUAAAGAGGCCUAUGAGACCUUUUUUCCCAACGCGUCGACUGCGCUGGUGAGUUUGCUUCCCAAUACUACGAGCAUUGUGUCGCUCUGCGAUGAGCUUAACAGUACAGUUGACGGCUUGUCGACCGUCUGUGAGGCUUGCAACAUGUCGACGACGUUCGCCAAGUAUUACAGGAUCCUCACCUGGGCUGAAAGCAAGUGCCCUCGUACUGCGACGACUGGUCAGUGGUGUGCUUCUUUCCUGGCGACUGGAACUGCUGGCGCAGUGUACGACGGUGCGCCCUAUGGCCAAUGCCGCACUAUUUUCCUGGAUGUGGCUAUCGACUGGAGUGGCACCAUGGCUAUUGCUGGUCUGUUGGUGGCUAUUGCAGCUGCAGACGUGCGAAAAAGUCGCAAUUAUACGGAGCGCGAAGCGGGUGCGUACGGAAGAGUGGCUGGAUUUAAUGCUGUCGUCGAGCCUCAAGUGGACGGGCGCUUACACUUACACAUGACAGUGUACGGCUCAUCGUUUACACCAGAGAUUUUGACGCGCGGAGCUUCCUGCCAAGAACUGCGCGAGUACAUUGCUAAGUGGAUAAAUGCCGUCUCUACAAAUCAUUUGUCUCCCAGCACGAGAGCUUGGUUAGCUGAGCGGGAAUGUAUGGAACCUUUACCGCGUGCUUGUGAAGUCACGCUGCCUCCGGUAAGCACGAAUUUUGCGGCUUUUCAAGAUACGAUUGAAGCGUCAGUUGUCGCGACCAAUAUUCAUAACCAUUCAAGGACUUGCAUAAAAGGAAAGCGGGGCAAAACCCAAUGUCGACUUUGCCGUCCUGCUGGAAUUCACAACCUCCCGACGCAACCGCUGCAUAUCAGCAAGUCCGAUGGUGUAUUGACGGGGAAAUCACUCAAUCCGGAGCUUGAAGUAAAGCUUGACGCUGGAUAUGACCCUGAACAAGGUGAAUUUCUUCGUCCACACAUUCCCGGGCCGAUAGUAUGGGAGCAGUUCCGCCCAGAGUCAGAUGGAAUGUUUAUUGAAACAAAUCUGCUGUUAUCUGGAUUGACUGCUUCUCACUGCAACUCAAGUAUCAUGAACGGAGAAGAUGCUGGAGAUAUGGUAGAUGAGUACCAGCAGAAUUACAUGACAAAAGAAGGCGCUGGCUUGAAAAAUGCUGCUGCGGUAAUGUUAACCGCACUGGAAGAUGUACUCAAAUAUCCAAGUGUAGCUCUAAACAGCGGGACGCCGAUUCGGCAAGCACAAUAUUUGGCAACAAGAACGGUAAACGCGUUUGGUGGUGCCCACGAAUGGCCUCUAUCGCUUAUGGUGUAUGCUUUGCUUGGACACAAGUCAUUCAUAUCGUCAGAAGCGUUUUGGUACAUUUUUCCGCAUGGUUACAUGGAUGAAUUAAGGAAGAUGGAAAUGAACGAGGUGAAUGAUGAUCAUGAUACCAGUGACAGUGAAAGUGGAUCGCUCGAAGAUGAUGAAGGUCCCAUUGGUGACGAUUUUGACGUUGAUAGUGGUUCAGAUUCUGCGGACGAAGGUGGAAAUAUUCCAAUGACGCAGGUCAUUGAAGAGCUUGCAAGUUUUGCUCACUCCGACGAUUUAUCAGAGCUUAGAACUGGUUUGAGUGGACAAUAUACCUCGGGAGGAGCACGUGCUUACAAAGUUGAAGGCAGGACUAUUUUUAUUACUCAAGUGGAGUCUUACAAAUUCCGUGGGGAACACUUCGUGGAUUAUUCGCCGAGUGAAUUUGCUUGUAUCGUUGACAUCGUACCGCGUCAAACCUCGACGAAAGUUGCAUCUCAACGAGGGCAUAAACGACGUAAAGGGUUUGAGUUGAGUCCUCGCCACCCUCUUUACCAUUACUAUGAAGCAGUCAUACGAACGAAAAUGUUGACGCCUAUGUUUGGAAGGGGCUCCUCCUCCUUCACGUCCACGCAAGUCUAA